AUGUCACCCGGCGCGACAGUCGAUAAUUCACACUUCCAUAUCGGAAUUCUCUGCGCUCUACCUCUGGAGUCACGGGCUGUGAGAGGAAUGUUUGAUGAAAUCGAUGGUUUUGAUAAUGAUUCUCACUUCACACAAGCAUCGACGGACACUGGCUCCUACACAGCUGGAAAGAUCGGUCCUCACAGGGUUGUUCUAGGGCAUUUACCCGGCAUGGGGCUAGUGGAAACGGCAAAUUUUGCGCAAAGGUUUCGUUAUUCCUUUGCAAACCUUCAACUGGUCCUGUUGGUCGGCAUUUGUGGUGGGAGCCCCCGAGAUGACAAGAAGCACGAAAUAAUACUCGGGGAUGUUAUCAUUGGCAGAAAGGCCAUAAACCCUGACCUUGGAAGACGAUAUCAGGAUGGCCUGCAAUCGAGGAGUCGAAUGGAAGAUACUCUUGGAAGGCAAAGUCCCGAAAUCCGCGGAUUUAUCAAGAAGCUGGAGUCGUACAAGACCCCUCUGAGAGAAAACACUGCCAGAUACCUCUCGCGGCUUCUUACUAAACCUGAGUUUCAAAUGUCAUCGUACCCUGGCUCAGAUAAGGACAAGCUUUUCGAACCUAUCUAUUUGCAUAAGCACUACGACAGCAAACGCUGCCAUUGCAAAUCUCAAUUAGGAUCGUGCAAAGCUGCUCGAGAGACAUUGUGCGAUCAGCUGGGAUGUGACUCGAAGUAUUUGAUUCAGCGGGACAGGCUGAAGAGCCAGGUGCUUACCUCGCCAGCCCUUCAUUUUGGAACCAUAGAAUCGGGAAAUGCCAUCAUCAAGUGUGCAAAUUAUCGGGAGCAUAUGUUUCAAACCGAAAACGCGAUUGGGUUCGAUAUGGAAAGUGCCGGUCUCUGGGAGUAUCUCCCCACCGUCAUAGUCAAAGGCGUCUGUGACUACGCCGACAGCCAUAAGAACAAACUGUGGCAGGACUACGCAGCUGCCUCGGCGGCAGCUUGUACGAGAGCGGUUUUGGACUUAUGGGACAGAAGUCCGGAGCGAUCCAUAGCAUCACAGGCGACUGUCCCGACAAUGGUAUUCAACAACGGCGCGAAUAUGACAGUGGGAAUCCAAUCUCAGACUGCUAAUAUCAGUGGUCUGACAAUGAACAGCUGAGUUUUUCGACCCGAGGGUUUUAUGCUGGUUCUCGUCUUGAUAUGAGUUUCAUGAGUUUCAUCGACUAGAC